AUGCUGUCAACCGAGCCUUCUAUACGUCCUUCCGCGCCGAUCAGCGAUCAUGAUGGCACCCGUGGCUGGAUCAUGUGUAUAGUGAGCGGUAUUGCUUGCAUUUCGGGCGCCUCUUUCAUCUGUGUCGAUAUAUUUGUACGCCGCUUUACGAGGAGUAAAACUUUCAGAAUCGAGGAUAGUAAUGCCUUCCUCGCUUCAUCACUAAGCCUGAGCUUUGGCGUCAUGAUCUACUCGGCCUUGGCAAAUAUGCUUCCGGAGGCGAAAAAGGAGUUCCUAUUAUCCGAAUAUAGAGAAAUGUCUGCGGGUCUCCUCAUGAUGACCUUCUUCGUCGUGGGUUUUAUGGGCAUUCAAGUCAUUUCAAGGCUUAUGCAUAGGUUGAUGCCGUCACACGUUGUGGAUUGUGACCACACUCACGGCCACGGCCCGGUGAACGAUCAGGUUGAUCAAGGAAUCCCCACGAGGCCCCAUUCCAGGCCUCUUUCCCGGAGCGUUUCUAAGGCCCGGUCUGCCAUGUCACCCAAAAGAACUGCUACAAUACAGCAUAACGGUGCCGCGACAGAAUCAACACCUCUCCUCCCUUCACAGGUCCCUAAACCACAUGCUCCCGAUGGCGAUUUUCAGCAAGACGGAGAUGAGAGUACUGUGUCCCGUGUGCAUUCUCAUGGUCAAUUGCACACUCUGCGCCCUCAAGCGGACGCUGGCUCUCUGGCGACCAGAAGGCCAUCGAUGCUUCAGGUCAAAGACCGUGUUUUAUCAUUUGUCAAAGAUACGAAAGCCAACUGUGACGAGCUCGGCCCCUGCUUUGGCUACACUGAUCCUUGUGGCCAAGAGUGUUUUAAACACAUGAAUGCCCGCACUUCACUCUCACGUGCGACAACCCGUAUUUCUUCAGGUCCUGUCUACACCGAGGUAUCCGAGGAAGCCAUUGAUGGUAGCUUCCAAAAUCCAGCGUACCGCAUCAGUCGGGCACAGUCGCGCGAGUUUUCGUACGCCCCGUCGGAGGGGGACGACCACCACCAUCACAGCCACGGUCACGGACACGGGCACGGGCACGGGCACGACCACAACAAUCAUUCUCAUGAUCAAGAGGGUGUCGAGGACGACGACGACCACACCCACGACACUCUUGCAAAUGAUGAUCUCGAGGCUCAACACCACCAUCAUGUGCCAACAAACGCAUUUUUGUCGAUUGGUCUGCAGACAGUAAUUGCGAUCGCCCUGCACAAGUUUCCCGAGGGCUUCAUCACAUAUGCCACCAACAUGGCAAGUCCGGCCCUGGGCUUCAACGUUUUCAUGGCUCUGUUUGUUCACAACAUUGCCGAAGGUUUCUCAAUGGCCCUGCCUCUGUACAUGGCCCUAGGAAGCAGGCUCAAGGCGAUUGCUUGGUCGUCGUUACUCGGAGGACUAAGCCAACCUGCUGGCGCGGCUCUUGCAUGGCUUUGGUUCAAAGUCGCGCGCCGUGCUCAUGUUGAGGUCGACCACAAAGCAUAUGGCGCCAUCUACGCCAUCACUGCCGGCAUCAUGACCAGUGUUGCCUUGCAACUCUUCGUAGAGAGCUUGAGUCUCAACCAUAGUCGAAACCUCAGUAUCGCAUUUGCGUUUAUCGGCAUCAUACUUCUGGGCUUUAGCAGUUCCAUUUACGACUGA